AUGGCGUGGGAAGGCUUACCAGGCCGCGGAAGAGGUCGUUGCCUCUCACGUCGCAGCGCACCAGGCGGGGUGGUGUGCAGAAGAGCAGCGUUCUUCGUCACUGGCCUCUUCCUUGGACUUGAGCUGACUUCUUGGCUGCCAGAGACGAGGAUGCUGGACGGCGCCUUUUCGCAGCAAUCACAGACUAUCCGACAGCAGCCCGCACUGCCCUUUGCCAUUCCACGCACUCCGAUCCUGUACGACUUGAACAGCUCGAUUUAUGGCGCAGUGUCUUGGAGCAACUGGGUGUCGCGCGAUCUCUUGCGCCGACGAGUCCGCGUGCUGUGCUGGGUGCUGACAAACCCGAACAACACGGAAACCAAGGCGCGUCACGUAGCCGCCACGUGGGGUCGCCGCUGCAACCGGCUGAUGUUCAUGAGCACAAGCCGCAGCCACGAAGACGAAUUGCAGCCGUCGGUGGUGCUGAACUUGAGCGUCGCCGAGCGCCGAAAUGCCCUGUGGGCAAAGACCAAGGCGUCGCUCGUAGAGUUGUACAACAACCACAUCAACGACUACGACUGGUUCUACAAGGCUGAUGACGACACAUACGUGGUGAUCGAGAACCUAAGGUACUUCUUGUUGGACAAGGACCCAACUCGCGCGCUCUACUUUGGCUAUCCGUUCCGCAUGCACAUACCCAAUGGAUACACGAGUGGUGGCUCCGGCUACGUGCUGAGCCGCGGGGCACUACUGCGCCUUGUCGAGCAAGGCAUGAUGCAGGGCAAGUGUCGAUCUGACGGGGCGGGCAGCGAGGACGCCGAGCUGGGCCGCUGCCUAAUGAAGGUCGGCGUGUCGCCUGGCGACACGCGCGAUGCCCUCGGUCGAGACCGUUUCUUCCCGCUGCGACUUGAACACUAUUUCUGGCAGGAUACGCUUCCUCUACACUGGUGGAUUUGGCGGUACGCUAAGUACCCCGUGCGACCGGGCUGGAAUUGCUGCAGCGACACGGCUGUGGCCUUUCACUACACGAAGCCUGAUAUGAUGUACGUGUAUGAGUUCUUCGUGUACCACGUGCGGGUGUUGGGCGGCCUCGAUGAGCGGGUACACCCAAGGCUGCAGCGCUACGUGCGCCACACGCGACAUCAAAGCCGAGCCGCCGAGGAGAAGGCCGUGGUGCGUCGCUGCGGUGAUGCCAGCUAG